UUGAAUAUCACCACCUGUACUACAAUUCAGGUAAGUCGUGCACAUGCAGUAGGGUGCAAUUCCUUUCGCCUGCUGUGGGGCUCAUCGAACUCUGGACAAGCCCAGCGAGUCUGUAUUCAGCCUCACAGAGAGCAGACGACAAUGUUUCAUACAUUCAUUAACAGUCGCGCCCCAGUUCGUGCGCGUCACAACUCAUACACGGUCGAUGCUAGAGAAGUCCGAGGUACAUAGCGUAGCCUAUACGUCGGGGGACCGCAUUGUUCGAAAUACGCAAGGUAUCAUGGCAUAGAAACCUGGAUGUGAGAAGAAAGAACAAAACUCAGUUCGCUGGCGCCUGCGGGAGCGACCUAGCCGGUUCACACUUCUGAAACACGAACAUAAUCCAUGCUACAGCUCAUUUUCCCCAAGCAAGCACGCAAAUACUGGCAAAGUUACCACCUGAAAAGACGUUCGGUUAUAAUGAGCCACGGGGUUCGGUUGUAAAACUGCAGAAAGCGGCAGUGGACCUCAGCUAUUGACAGCGCCACUGAAGCGUCUUUGGAUCGUUAAUCGGAAAACCAAUCACAGACUCCCCUGCAUGCAGACACAAGUGUUCCUCGUGGCAAGUGCAGAUGACUGACGACAUCACUAAAUGCUGGAGAAUUUUCAACAUCAGGUUGAAUGAGCCUGCUGUCCGGCGAAACGCCAUUGAGGUAUCUCGCUGGAAACAUGAAUGCAAAUGGCUUGCCGUAUCAAUUGAAUACGAAUGUCUUACGAAGGGUGAAUGCUAAACUACCGGUCGAACCUGCAUGCGCACAUGUAAUUCCUUCGUUUCGAUUUUCACUUGAGGGGAACGGGCCGCCCCCGACAACAGAUGAUUCCUCGGACUGAGACCGUUGCAUUACUCACGUUUCACUAUUAUAAAAACAACACAGGCUUUGAGGGGGGGGAACUGGUGGUGCUUGUGUAACGCCAGAAGAACUUAGAUGCUCCCUCAGCCCUUCCAGCAUCGAGAACCGUCGCCUGGGAAAGAACAGCCUCUGAAUGAACUGGUUCUUCCCGGGGGCCAGGGUACUUGAUAAGCGCGGUCCUCGAAAUGCUCGUAGGCGAAAAAAACCCGCGCUCUUUGCUUUCUUGCCUUGUGUAGCUUCUGCCUUCAACCUAAAUGCUACGCGCCAGUCUGUCGUCGCACGGCCUAACCAUGUCUCAAGCAGCUGGCUACGCGGAAAAGAAUUGCUUUUCGGAAUCGCGGAUGGUUUCCUUAUCAAGACGAAGCCAGUGCAUCAUCCAUCCCAUCGGAUUGAAACGAGUAGUUAAUCCGUCAUUACUACGCCAGAAGUGUGGCUUUUUCGUCGGCCUCGACUAGAGUGUCGGUCUAUGACGGUUGUUGUAUGAUGCCUUCCGCGUCGCGCUGGCGCGAACUAGGUUCGUGCACUGGAGAUCUACGACUGCAUGGUCGAAGAAACAACAAACGUUAUCCUUUGCUGCGAUCCCUUUUCCCAGCUUGCUUGGCUAGAACAUGGACAGAAACUCUUCCGUGAUCGUAAACUAGUUGGUUUCGACUGUAUGCUCUCAAGAGGAUUUCCCGGGUGUGCAUUUGUAGACGGGCAGGUGUUCAGCUGUUGCAUGCCGCAAACUGGUACCUUCUCAUGCGCGUUUUCCAGCAUCGUCCUCAAAAUGUACACCAAAAAUCCGUCUGUGAAUCACAAAUGAACAGCUUUCGUCCAUCUGCUUUUCAUCUCAAAGGCCGAGGAGAUCCUCUAGUAGACAGAAGAACGCUCGAACCGUCUCUUUCCCUUCUGCCGACAGCUGCGAAAGGCAGGUGACUUCGCGCGUGCUCUCACGCCUGCCCAACUGCGGUUCCGUCGCUCGACAAAGUUUCCUAACCCUCCUCCUUCACUAGAACAUUCCCUGAAAUGUACAGCCUUCGUUCACUAAACUUUUUUUUUCAGUGCCCUUCUAUUAGGCAGUCUUUUCGAGUUCCCAGACUGUGUGUGUGCCUUCGCUAGCGUCCCGGCUCUUCGCCGUCGUUCAGCAUUCUAGCCUCGCGCAGCACAGCCCGUUGCUUAACUGGCACGUCAGUGACUUUCGUCCCCACUUUCGUACCACCAUCGCGUCGCCAUGUUCACAGCGCAGUAGGCGAGCUCGUCUCUCGAGCUAUAGGAAAGCUUGAAACGCUAGACCGCGAAUAACGCGUAGCUGGCCUUCGCCUCACGGAUUCUUCGGCUGUUCGCACACCUGCAUAGACACACGCCUUUGUAGACUUUUACCUGAAGCAUUCGUGGCGCGUUUUUCUUCGGCGUCCCUAACUUCACCUGGAGGCCACCGCAGCAUGGAAGAACUCGCCCAUCGCCGUCGCUCUCCCCCUCCAAGAAGAAGUGAAAACAGCGGGGCUUGCCAGUGCGUUUCGUCGACCAACGAAGACAUAGAGGCGGGUGUUCCGGCGUGGAUGCUGGAGAGUCCGGAUUCUACAGCAUUGCUUCCUCCGCAGGCGACUUCCGGUGCAGACAGCGACAAUCUGCGUCUUGAUGGCGGGUGCUCUGCCUCAAAGCAGGCAGGGGGUGCAGAGGAGCGAGGAAGAGAGAAGGACGAGCGUCGAGGGAAGCGUGUCUCCACGGUGGUAGCCCCACGGUCUUCAGAGCCGUUGCAUCCAGAGAACCGUCAGAACACAGCGAACCUUUUCGGAGGCACUCCAAGCGUCCCUCGGCCUCAAGAUGGAGACGCCGCGGCACCCACACACGCUUUGUUCCCCGCCCCGGUUUCGCCUUCUCCUGGGGCAGCAGCCUCACUUCUUCUGUUCAUGCGGGCGGGGUUCCUGCACCGGAAAACGCGUCACACUCGCCGCUUCGCGAAACGCUUCCUCAUUCUCGACAGACACAUUCUGUUCUCCUUCAAGUCGAUUCCUCUCAAGUGCCGGAACGUCUGCAGAUACACGUCCCACCUUCUCUUCGCUUCCUACGCCGCCGCCCCUCCUGACGGUUCCGCAGGUGUGACCGCCUCUCAGGAAGAAGAAGACGAGUCUGAAGACGUUUCUUCUUGCCAGUCGCCGUCUGUGGGCGACUGCGCCUUGAAGGCCAUCUCCACGUCUGGCACUGCUCUCGACGCUUCUGAACGCUCUCCGUCUGCCGCGUCCCCACAUCGCUCUCCCCAUCUCCACCGACCGGAGACUCGGCAAGACCAGCUAGCCUGCAAACCUCGCCGACUUCUUCCUUCCGGCGCGUCUCGCCGCGCAGGCGGGUCGCUGUCGAGACAGCAGGGGCCUCCUCAGUCUCCAGAGCAUACGGGGUCACCGCCAUCCCGCCUGUCUACAGAAGGGUGGCAGGAAGCGGGAGAGGACGACUCUCUAUUCGCGGAGGAACCGAACGCCCGCGCGCCACAAAAACGCCUUUGCCGUCGUUCUGGAGGCGAGGAGAGACGCGCGCGACGAGAGGGCGUUGGCUGCUGGGUCGAUGGUCGUUGCGCCGACUGGAGGACGCAUGGAAGCGUCUCGGAGAAGGGAACACAGUCUUGCCGCGAGCUGGGUGCAGACUCAGCUGCUCCUUGGACACCUUGCGUUUCGCCUCUCGCGAUUGUGACGGAUUCCGCUCUCGCGGACUUGUUCGACUUCUCGCAGGCGACGUGUGCCUGGGACCUGCGGACUGCGCGUCUCUCGAACUUCUCCUACGACAAGCAACAAAAGGGCUUCACCUGGACACUCCAUGCGCAGAACGUCCUGCAGCUGGCGCUCGAGACCCAGCGGGCGAGAAGGAAGAGGGAGGACGAGAAGGGCCGGAGUCCGUCCGGAAAAACGACCGGUCUUGAUAUGUUGCGCUCCUCCUCUUCACUGUUCGGGGAGGGCAUCGCGACAGAAACGACGAGAGCAACGGAGACAACUGGGGCUAUAGAUCUGCGGCAGAGACAACAGGGGGCGGCAGCACCCAGAGAGGGUCGAAACACCGUGCGUGUCGCCGCGGACAGUCGUUUGCAUGACUCACACUCGACUCCUGUUCACCCCACUGGGCAGGAGGGAUGUCUCGCUCAGUCCAGUGGAGAAGAAGGCACGGCCGCUCGCACGGGAAGAGGUGUAGGUCGAGAGAAGCAGCUCGACUUCCCGAGGCACCUGCGAGUGGAAAGGAGACAAGGUGCCGGCGAGGAGGAGCCUGAGGACCGGCGCGAGCAGGACCGAGUCCCCGGAGACAGCUCGGACCGCUCCUGCUCGACUCCGAAAUCUUUCGACCCCUUCGUGGAAUCAGCGCCUGGAGAAGACCAGCAAUCGGGAUGCACGCUCGCGCUUCUUCACAGAAAAGGUGAGAACCGUGCUCACCGUCGCUUCGCCUUCGGUCACCUCACCGGGGAGCAGGCGAAAGUGGGAAGAGCGGCGGGGUACCUGGACGAUGCCGAAACUCUGCGAGACGGCUCUUCUUCGGCGUCACGGAGUUCUUCGUCCUCCUCAGCCACGCAGGGCACUGGCGGAGAAGCAAUUGAAGACGAAGCCUUCAGGCGCUUUGAGGAUGAACAGUUUCUGAUGGAAGCCGCGGCAGACAGAGGAGGCGAUGAUCUGUACUUCUCGGGGCAUAGCGAGCUGUCUGGACGAUCUGGCGCGGCGCACUCGGAGCCCGGACGCCUGCUGCGAGAAGGGGAAAGCGGAGCCUUGGAAGGAGAGGCGAAUGAAGACGGUACGCUUGGCAGCCGAGCCGAAAGGGAUGAGGAACCUGAAUCGGCGACGGUCUCCCCGUCCCUCCAAUAUGCCUCUCCGGCCUCGGGGCUCCACUCCGACUCCGAUGGCUUGAUGGACGCACCGAGCUUGAGUGUACAUACACCCGAGAUCGCGGCGCUCUCGGGCGAGGCCAGACGCGGAAAACGGGUGUCGGGGGCACUGCAGGAGCGGUGCAAGGACACGGGUCCGACAGAGACUUCCAGUCUGGAGCCUCGACAACUGCGUCCGAGUACCAAGUGGUUCUGUAUCUCGAAGUCCGCAACUUCCGCGCCUCUGCCGCAGACGAGCGUCUUGCCACCAACGGGGUACUUCGACGAUCUCGACGCCUUUCCGCCGCUCCCGCCUCCCGCGGCGUGCAUGGAGACUCUCACCUUCUACACCCCAGACGCCGUGACCGCCCACGACUGGGUGGCGGCGCUCCUCCGGAGCAGGGAGUUCGGCUCCGCCGCGGCGGUGUAUGUCCACUGGCGCGACCUGCAGCUCUACACCAACGCGUGCGCCGAGGGCCUUCCGCACUGGGUGUGGCCCCUCGUCGACUGGGUCGAGAAGCGCGAGGUGGAGCGGCGGCGCGCUGCCGCCCUCCGAGCGGGCCGCCUCGAAACCAUUCCUGCGUCUUCUCUGCGUUUCUCGCCGUCCUCGUUCGAUGGCAACAACGCUUGCACAAGUGUCGAGGGGAGCUCUGGAGCUGGCCAGGCUCCGGAGGCCUCAGCGCCCGGGACUCGCUCACGCCUUGAGCACGCCGACGAGUCCAGCGAGACCCCCUCGGCGUCUGCGGCCUCGCCGACGGCUCCUCCCCAGUCGCAGAGGGGACCCGGAACCGCAGCCGAGGCGUCGCAAGGAACCGGAGAAGAGGAAGCCGUUUUGGGUUCGCUUUUGUCUUGUCUUCGCGAAACGAUUGCGAAUGCGGUGUCCCCGGACACAGGGCCUGCGUUGGGAGGCCGAGGCACGAGCCAGGAGCACCAGCCGGGUCUGCGAGGCGCGGCUUCUUCUCUUUCCGCAGGAGCCCUGGAGACGGGAGACGAAGGAGAGACGAGGGAAGAGACUUCUUUUACCACGACGCAGAAGCGAGACGGGAGGCGAAUGCGCAUGCCCAUGGGCGCUGUAGACUCCGCUGCACGGGCGAGAAGAACACUCAAAGACGCCGUGUCAGUGCGAGUGAAACCGUAUGCGUUCGACCCUUUCUCGCUUCUUCCUCCGCCUUCGGCUGUAUCGUUUUCUCUCCUCUCUCUGGCGCUCCAUUCGCUCGACGUUCCGCUCUUCCCGGUCGGCUACACGCCGUACAUUCUCGUCAGUUUCCAGUCUUCUUUGUAUCCCUGCGUGCUGAUUCCGGGGUCUCCAGACUCAGCUUGUUCUCCAUUUCUCCCGCUGCCUGCGGCGGCUGCGGCGACGCCCGCGGCGUCCGCAUCUCUGUUUCAGAAACUGUUCUCGCGCGCGUCUCCGCAUCCAGUGCCGACGUUCGGGCCUUCGAGUUUCGUCUUCCGGCCUGCGCCCUGUCUCAAUCUCCCACUGUUCGCGCCUAGGAACCAGCAAGACCUCGUCCUCCACCUCUACGCGGCGCCGCCCCCCAGCUACGCGCCCGCACCCGCCGCGCGCGGUCGACAGUCUUCGCAGACACCCAAGAGGAGGCAGGGCGACUUCGAGAGUCGGCGCGUCCAGCGCAUCACCGGGGCGGCGGCCGCGCGCGCAGGCUCGGGCGACCCAGGAGGCCCCGCAAGCAACGCCGAAGUCGGCAUUUCUCUCCCUUCGCUCCCUUGCCCCCCGCCGUCGGCUCAAGGCCCCCCCGCCUCCCUCGGUCCCUUUCUCUCCGCGACCCAGCCGUGGGCGCCGUCUCUCGCCUUGUCUCUGUCCCUGGCCUGUCCCCUCGCGUACUACCUUGGCUCAGUGGCUGUCCCGAGCCACCUGUUCGGCCCUGCGACGCCGCAGCGCUUGUCUCUGCCUCUCCUGCCUUUUCCUUCUUCUUCGCAUGCUGUGACCCAUCCUCUCGCUGACUUGUGCCGAGUACUGCCGUCGUCCCGGUCGUCGGGAGAGUCUGGCGCCUCCGCUGGGGGCCUCGGCGCUUCAGGACGAGAGACAGGCUCAGCGCCUCAAACCAGCGGAGACAGCCGUGCGGGCGCGUCCGCUCCAGAGGCGAACCCGCAGGGCCCUCUUGCGGCGACCGCAGUCGGAGGCGACAAGGGGCGAGAGGUGAAGGGACGAGAGACGAAGUCUCUCAAGGCCGACGAGGGGCGAAUUGAAAUCUCUGUAUUGAGUCCGACUUUGUGGCCGAGUUAUCUGCAACCUGUGGAGGAAGUCUUCGAUACGCCUCAGCCCUUCCUCGAUAGCUCCAGUGUCGCGACAGGAGCAGCUGCAGCAGCAGACGCCGCAGGUGGAGGAGGCACUUGGCUUCCGAUUCAACAGCUCCUUCUCCAAAUCAAACGCCUUGGCAGACUACGAGACAGGAUCGCCGGAUUCGCGUCUCUAGCGUCGGCCGUGACGGAGUUCACCUCGCCGUCUUUCUCGCUGUUUUGUCUGGCUUACCUUCUCCUAUCUCUGCUUUUUCUUCCCUCGCGUUUCCUCGCGUUUCUGCUUUUUCCGGCUCUGCUGGUGGUGCUCAGUCGGCACCCGCGGGCAGGCAUUUGUCUCCUCGACUUCCUCACUGAAUUUCCGCUCUUCAUGCUCUUCACGCCGCGGCGCAUGCAGUUGCAGGUCCUGCUUUCUCCCUCUUCUUCAGCGUCGCGAGAUUCUCGUCCCCUCGCGUGCAUGCUGGUUCUCCUUCUGAAGCAUCACCACGCCUCUUGGCAUCUCGAUCCCGCCGCAUCUGGAAGCAUAAACGGCAGCGACAAUCCCCCCCAAAACUGCGAGACCUUCUUGUCAGAGUCCCCCCUUUCGCGCGCGUCCUCUGCGCCGCCUCGCCCCUCCUGCAAAGGAGACAGUUGCGGACGCUGCACUCAGGCCGAGGGUCUCAAGCAUGGCAAAAGAAAGCCCCAAGCUGAGGCUCCAUCUCGUCGGUUUUCGUGGAGUGUAUGCGGUUGUUUUUCACCGUGCUGCUCGCCGUGGCGCCUGCCGCCUCCCCUCCCGCGGCUGCUUCUGCCUUCCUAUGAAAGAGAAGAAAAAGACUUCUGGAGCACUUGCCGCGAGCGCGGGAAGUUUGCGGAACUCGUGGUGUCUACGCUUCACUGGACGCGCCUUCUUCUCGCCUUCUCCGUCGCCGGCGGAGCCCCCCAGCUCUCUCCCGCAGUCGCCGGGCUCCUCUGCGCAGACUGCGACUUCGUCCCCGCAUGCGGCGGAAGUCGCUCGGGACGCCGGGGGACUUCAGAGGGAGGGCAGGAAGCGCGCGACGAAGCGGCGCGGUCCAGCGAAACGCGGCGAGAAACUGAGGAAGACACAGGGGCAGAGCCGCCGAGAUCGAAAGACGACAGGCAGCGAGAAUGGAGGGAAGAAGAGCGAGGCGGAAAGGGAGAAGACGAAGAGAGAGAAGACGCGCAAGAGGGAGAGGGAGAAGGAGAAGGGGGAGAAGGAGAAGAAGGAGAAGAAGGAAAAGAAGGAGAAGAAGGGGAAGAAAUACAGAGAGGAGUGAGAGCACAAGUGGAUGAAGAGGAAGUUGGUGGAGAAGAAGUGGCGGAAGAAGAAGAGGAGGAAGAAGGAAGGCGAGAAAGAGAAAAGGGAGGAAAAGAGAAAGUGGACGAAGGAGAGGAGCAGGAGGAGGAAGAAGAGAGAAAAGAAGGAAGGAAACAGGAUGAGAGAUCAAAAGAUGGAGAAGCUGUCGAGGCACAGUACCGAGAAGAAGAAAACCAAGGAGCUUCUGGAGGGAGCAAGAGUGUCGGCAACAAGAUGGGUUUCUGGGGACAUGCCUGUGCAGGAGGAGACGAACUGGGAAGAACAGAGGCUCUUCUGAUACAGGAGGAAGCAGCGGGAAGAAAGGGUGGUGAGGUAGAAAGAGAAGAAGUAGGAGAAAAAAAAAGAGGUGAAAGUUCAAAUGAAGAAGCACUGCUGGAUUCAAGAAGCGUCUUCGCUUCAGAUUCACAACUGCCGCACGACCAGGCAGUGCCGGUGAGUCGACGCUCUCGGCGUCGACAUUUUGGACAUCGUCAUCCUCGUGGCAAACACAAGCUGUCUGCUCCAACUUCAUCCUCUCCAUCCCCUUCUCGUUCCUCAUCUUCACCUUCGUCUCCUUCAUCUUCUUACUUAGCUUCAUCUGCAUCACAACCUUGUUCUUCAUCUUCUUCGUCACAACCCUGUUCUGGUUCACAACCUUGUUCUUCUGCAUCACAAUCUUCUUCGUCUUCCUUAUCACGUCCUCGUUCUUCGUCUUCUUCCUCGCAACCUCAAUCGUCUUCGCCACCACACGUUUCCUGUGCUUCUUCUUCUUCUGGUCGACAAGCGCCCGCGAGUCAUUCAACGAAUCCUUCAGUUGCUGUCGGCCCAGAGACGAUGUUUACAGGCGUUGCUCAGUUCGCGCGAAAGUGGAUGAAGAAACAUUUUCGGAAGCGUGAGCGGCUCUCUGCAGAGAGUGAGGCACCCUCCCCCGCCGCCGUGGAGCCCGCGCGCCCGGCGCCGCCUCGAGAGGCCCGAAGAGGUAAGCGCGAGUCGGACGGCAGAGGAGACACCAGUGCAUUUGCCAGACAAGCGAGAAAACGCGACGCAGCAGAAGGCGCGCCAUUCUUUGCAGAAACUCCUCCUUUUCCGGAACAAAGCCCCUCGCCCGGAGUUGAUCUCGUCCAGCUCGGCAGCGCCCACAACUACUUCAUGGCCCCGGCCGCGACCGCGCGACCGCUAGUUGGGCUCCAGAUCGAGCCGGGCGAGGCACGCAGCGAGGCAGAAGGGGCGAAGGCGAAGGCGGCUGGUUCCCGUCGGCCGCGAGAAAGCGCCACGACUCCAGGGAAGCGCGCGCGGUUUCGAGACGACGACGAAGAGGUGGAACACUGGCGUAUGUCGCCUCCAAGGAGACAGACUGCGCGUGCGGUCUCCGGAGACGAGGCUGGCGAGGCGGCGAGCGAAGAACUGGAAGAACAGAGACACCUGCUGACCUCCCAGAACUCGUGGGGACAGACUUCCGGCGUCUCGGCGACCGCGCGGCGGCGGCCGAGCCCGGGGCACCGUCGGCGACGAGAGUACAGUGGAGAGACAGGAAGGAAGACGGGGCAAGCACUCCUGGUUCGCACUGGAGGGCUCGACGCGGAGUUUGCGUUUCGGUUUUUGGCCUCAACAUUCGAGCAGGCAGAAUCUCAGGGUUCCGCGUGGAAGCAGAGAUCGGCACUUACGCAGUCUUGGGGGAGCUGCUUGUUCUCCGUCUUUUCUCCGAGGUUCACGCCUGUCGUGCCGAAGGCGACUCUGUCUCCUCUUGUAGAUUCGCCGUUUACCUCGACGCGCCGUCUCUGCAGCGCGUUUCCUGGGCGAGUCUGCAGGGCCUCUCUGCAGGCCCAGAUCGCCGCGGCUUCUCCUUUCGUCUCGUCGGAGAUUUUUUUGCCAGAAAUCGCGCCCGGCUCGCCUCAGCGCUCAGACGCCGUUGACAGAUGUCCUGCGUUUUCAGAAAAGCACUCAGCGCUAGGAGUUGCUUCGCGAUUUUGGAGAACGAAGCGCCAAGGAGAAGAGGGGCUCCUUGCAGCCGACUACGGGACCCUAAACACCUCGCUCGUGGUCCUGAGCGCCCCCCCGUUCUCGUCGCCUUCUUCAAACGCCGCUGCUCUGGAGGCGCUUCUGGAGCUCUUGACAGUGCGCCGGCCAUCGCGCGAGUCGGCAUCUCUCUUUCUUCCGUCCCUGCGAUUCCCGUGUUUCUCCGAGGCUUCACGAGGGCCAGCCGCCGCCGGUCGCGAGUCGGAGACAGUUUCUCCGGUGUCCAUCCCUUCUGCGCAGCCUCUCGAAAACGAUAUCGAGCCUCCGACUGCGUAUUCCUUCUUAGGCUGGGGCGCCAGCGCUCCCGAGGCCGUGGAGGGCCUGUCCCCGCCAGCUGGGCCUGUGCUGCCGACUGCGGGGGGUCCUGACGGUCCCGGGCCUGUCUCCGAUCCCGCAGAUUUGGAGACCGUGGAAACGCCUUUGGCUGGGUCGUCGCUGCCGGGGGGCGAGCUGUUCGCGCUGUAUCGGGAGGUUCGGGCGUCGUCGACUCGGUUUCUUGUCAAGCUGUGGCGGUGGGUGGUGUGGGGAGAGAAGAUUUGCAACUUGUUUUCCUGGAGAAACCGCAGUUUGACGGAGGUGGCGUUCGUUUUCGCGGCUCUCCUGCUGCUUCUCCUGGCCUGCGUCCCACUCCAGUACGUCCUCGCGGUCUGGAUCGUCCACGCCUUCAUCAGCGGCCAGAAGCGCGGCCUCUGGAAGCUUCUGGCGAGGAACUCUGCGCGCCGGCAGGUGGAGGCGGCGAUCUUCGAGAUUUGUCUCGGCUCUUUCGCGCAGAGCUGCAAAUCGGCCUCCACGACUGCCGCGUAUUCUCGUCGCGAAGAGUCUGGAAAAAACGAGUCGGCUGAGCGCAUGCGUCCGAGGCUCCAGAAGGCCGCGGCGAGGCCUCAGCCGCUGCUGCCCCUCCUCCGCUUCCUGACUGUCCCCGAGCUGCAGCAGCUGCGCCUCAGCCUCUGGCGCAGGUGCGGUGUGGCCCUGCCCUUGGAGACACUUGCGGAGGCCCUGGACGAGACGGAGCUCGCUGAGGCCCUCCGGCGCGGGCGCGAGGAGACAACCGUCAGCUCAAGCCGCUGGGCUCGAACAGACUGGAUGACAAAUCUCCUCCUGCAUGCACCUACGGACGUGACCCACCAGACGAGCGCUGUCGCCCUCCGUGAUAGCCGCGCCUUCUGGGCCGGCGCCGAGCUCUUGCCUGAGGAGACGGGCGCGUUGGGCUCCACGGGCGCGGAGACACUCGGGCCCGCUUGCGCCGCGGGCGCCGGAGUCUGUGGGGCGAAGCGACGGGCGGAGGCGCUUUCCGGCUACCGGCUGAGUGACGGAGCGAGCGACAGCGGAGAACAGGAGACCCUGGGAGAAGGAGACAGCCGCGAGCUUCCCGGUGGACUUGGCGCCUUCACUCAGGUUCUGUUUGGGCAUGCGACACAGCCUUCCUCUGGGCUCGAGAACGGAGAGGAUCGGUUCACGCGACAGAGCGCCCCAAUGAAUGCUGCCGUCGUCGCUGCGGUCGGCGGCGCCUUCAUGCAGUGACGACGCUGAGUGUCGCGUUACUGAGGAAACCAGGACGUUGUAGUCGCUAGGAUACUAAAUGUAGCUUCGACGAUGAGAUAGAGUCGGAAAAGUGAUGCACAGUUUCGGAUGUUGUAGUCCUGUGUAUGACUCCGCAUGGGACGGGGGAGCGUUUGCGGGGGAAAGAUGUCAACGAGGGGAGGGAGAGAACAAAACGAAGGAGAGCUGCCCGAGGAAGUUUUUUUUGCCACCUGACCUAAUGGCGUCUCCUGCAUACAGACACUGGAAGCGCUUUCAAUUUCCCUGAACGAAGAUGCAUUUACCGCCUUGCCGCGAGUGGGCAGGGAUUGAAGUCUGGGUUGUCUGUUGGAAGGUGAGCAUGCAGUGAAAGACGAGAUUCGUGGAAGGAGAAAACGGGCCUCUACCGCGAACUGCGACUGCAGCGAGAGAAGCAAGAGAGACUUUGAGGGUGGAGAGGAAGAAGCUCAGGAGUGGAAAAGGGACAAGGAAGGAGGUUCCAGGGAAGUCGUAAGAGUUGAAUGCACAAGUGCGAGAGUGGACCAAGGACGGAAGGAGGUGAUGACGAAAGGGAGAGAAGGGAGACAGGUGUAACGUGGAUGGAUCGUGGAUCUUUCUCGUUUUUGAAAAGAAGUUUCAUUUGUCACUCCCGGGGUAAGCGCUCAAAGAGACAAGAGCGACCGGAGAGAGACCCGAGACGAGUGGCGAUAAACGUGAAGCGAGGUGGACACAAACACUGGAGUGGAUUCUAUGGUGGAUUUCCAGUCGAGGGCGAAACGGGGCUUUCUUUUCUGACGCUGUGGCC